GAAGUUGCAUUCCUCAACUAACUUACAUAUAUCUUUAUCUCUUUUAGGCUUUGCAUAGCGGUCUAAAGCAAACCAUUAGCGCUGCCCAAAAGACUAGACCCUCUUGCUCCUCUCUUCUCUUUAUAAAUAAUUUACACUUUGAUAGAUAUAUUUCUCACUGCAUUGCAAGGAUCUUUAAGGCAUAUACACAAUGGGGUUCACUGUGAGCAACCAACAGCAACUCUUGUCCAAGAUGGCAACUGGAAAUGGGCAUGGUGAAAAUUCUCCAUACUUUGAUGGCUGGAAGGCUUAUGAUAGUAAUCCCUUUCAUCCCACCAAGAACCCUAAUGGGGUUAUCCAGAUGGGUCUUGCAGAAAAUCAACUAUGCUUUGAUUUGAUUGAAGAGUGGGUUUUGAAGAACCCAGAAGCCUCCAUUUGCACAGCAGCAGGAGUAAAUGAGUUCAAAGACAUAGCUAUCUUUCAGGACUAUCAUGGACUGCCAGAAUUCAGAAAUGCUGUUGCAAAUUUCAUGGGAAAAACGAGAGGAAAUCAAGUCACCUUUGACCCCGACCGGAUUGUUAUGAGUGGAGGCGCAACCGGAGCUCAUGAGAUGAUAGCCUUCUGCUUGGCUGAUCCUGGGGAUGCAUUUCUGGUGCCUGUUCCUUAUUAUCCAGGUUUCGAUCGAGAUCUUGGAUGGCGAACGGGGGUGCAACUUAUUCCAGUUGCUUGUGAAAGCUCCAACAGUUUCAAAGUCACCAGAGCAGCCUUGGAGGCUGCCUAUGAGAAAGCUCAAAAGGAUAACAUCAGAGUAAAGGGCUUGCUGAUCACCAAUCCUUCAAACCCCUUGGGCACUGUCCUAGACAGAGAGACUCUGAGAAGCCUAGUGGCCUUCAUCAAUGAAAAGAAAAUCCACCUGGUGUGUGAUGAAAUAUAUGCUGCCACUGUCUUCAGCCAGCCAAGCUUCAUAAGCAUUGCAGAAAUCAUAGAGGAAGAUAUCGAAUGCGACCGCAACCUUGUUCACAUUGUGUACAGCCUCUCAAAGGACAUGGGGUUCCCUGGCUUCAGAGUUGGCAUUGUGUAUUCUUACAAUGAUGCGGUGGUAAAUUGCGCACGAAAAAUGUCAAGUUUCGGCUUAGUCUCUACGCAAACUCAGCAUCUGAUCGCAUCCAUGCUUUCAGACAAUGAUUUUGUGGACAGAUUUAUUGCACAAAGUGCUAAAAGGCUGAAAGCAAGGCACAUGCGCUUGACUAUGGGACUUGCUCAGGUAGGCACAAGUUGUUUGAAGAGCAAUGGUGGGCUCUUUGUAUGGAUGGACUUGCACAAGCUCCUCAAGGAGCAGACAUUUGAAGCUGAGAUGGCGCUGUGGCACACGAUAAUCCAUGAAGUUAAGCUCAAUGUGUCACCAGGUUCUUCUUUCCAUUGCCCUGAACCAGGCUGGUUCAGAGUUUGCUUUGCCAACAUGGAUGACAAGACCAUGGAAAUUGCUUUAACUCGAAUCCGAACCUUCGUGCUACAAGAUAACGAGGCUGUGGCGCCAAGGAAGAACAACAGGUUCUGGCAAAGCAACCUCAGGCUCAGCUUCCAAUCACGACGAAUGGAAGACAUCAUGAUGUCGCCGUGCAUAAUGUCGCCUCAAUCGCCUCUGGUUCGAGCCAUGACUUAAAAAACGUGACUAACAAAAGAUUCUUACUUCUUCUUAGAUAGAAUCUAUAAAUUCUUUUCUUGUGAAAUUAUUUUCAUGCCAUCUCUUCAGUCUUACCCGCAGAGUGAUGUGCAUUUUUCCUUCUUUUCACCUGAUCAGUGAAAAAAAGAUUGUAUUUGUGUGUAAUGAUUUCUCACAAAAUAGAUUUGAAGAAUUUAAUUCAA